UGUCCUUGUCUUUCAGCGCCGUGAUGAGCUGCUGAAGUCAUGGUGAAAUGCUGCUCGGCCAUCGGCUGCGCCUCUCGCUGUCUCCCCAACUCCAAGCUGAGAGGGCUGACCUUCCACGCAUUCCCCACAGAUGAAAAUGUCAAAAGAAAAUGGGUCUUAGCAAUGAAAAGACUUGAUGUGAACGCUGCAGGCAUUUGGGAGCCUAAAAAAGGAGAUGUGUUAUGUUCGAGGCACUUUAAGAAGACAGAUUUUGACAGAAGUGCUCCAAAUCUUAAACUAAAACCAGGAGUCAUCCCGUCUAUAUUUGAUUCCCCAUACCACUUACAGGAGAAAAAAGAAAAGCUUCAUUGUAGGAAAAACUUCACCCUCAAAACCCUCCCGGUCACAAACCACGACCACCAGCUCGUUGGUGCUUCCUCAUAUAUUGAAGAAUUCCAAUCCCAGUUCAUUUUUGAACACAGCUACAGUGUAAUGGACAGUCCAAAGAAGCUCAAGCAUAAGUUAGAUCAUGUGAUCAGCCAGCUGGAGGACACCCAGGAAAGUCUGCGCAGUGUUCUAGACCGAGAAAAGUAUUUCCAAAAGGCGCUGAGGGAGACGAUCAGGGACUUGAAGGAAGAAUGUCUCAUCAGCCAAGAAACAGCAGAGAGACUGGACCCGUUCUGCUGGGAGCCUCCCCGGAGGGGCACAGAGCUCGGCUGUUCUGUGAGGUAGCGCCGUGCUGUGCUCCGCCCACAGUGAGCACUGCUGCAGGCCCUCAGCGUAAUUCUCACAUACGCCACUCAACGGUGUCUGUGACUGAAGUCCCGCUUGGGUCUUUUGGAGCGUUUACACUCUAUGGUUGUAACCCACCAUGUUUUUUGAAGAUGUGCAGACAUAUCUAUGUGGUAGUUCAGUGUUUUGUGUCACUUGUGGUACUUGUGUUUUACAUAGACAUAAACUAGUGCCACCAUUCACUUUUGUUAGAUACUAAAAUCUCAAGAGAAUUCCACAGAAGUAAGGAAAUUCUCUUGUCUACGUUAAACUCUGGUGGUGGGAACCAGACACUCCAGCAGUAGCAGCAGAGCUUUUGUUUCAAGUGAAUACCUUUACUUAUACCUGCUUUAUGGUAAGUAGGAUUUUAUUUUAAAUGUAUUUUAAUAUAAAGCAAAAUUCGCCAGGCAUGGUGGUGCGCACC